CCAUAGUUGCUUCUAAAUUUAAUAUGCAAUAACUUAUUUAUAAACAUAAACAGAGAUUAUGAGUGCUUAUUAUGAAAAAGUAAAUAACAUAAAUUAUUAUCUAGUUAAUGACUACCAAAUGCAACUUUUACUGCAUUACCGAACGAACAAAAUUACAACUGUCACUGUCAUGUCAAACCCAUCCAUUGAUUAUUCCACUUUUCAUUUUCGAUAUUUCUCCCUGCAUUAUCAAAACUAGUACAACAAAUGAGAUAAUAAGGCUAUUCAACUAGUUGUAAAUUGCUGCUCACAACAAUGAUCAAAGCAAUUUUAGUGUUCAACAACCAUGGGAAGCCGAGAUUAUCUAAAUUUUAUCAGUACUUCAAUGAAGAUAUGCAGCAGCAGAUAAUAAAGGAAACAUUCCAACUGGUGUCAAAGCGGGAUGACAAUGUGUGCAAUUUCUUGGAGGGUGGAAGUCUCAUCGGAGGUUCGGACUACAAACUGAUCUACAGACACUAUGCGACACUGUACUUCGUGUUUUGUGUGGACAGUUCGGAGAGCGAACUGGGAAUUUUAGAUCUAAUACAGGUAUUUGUGGAGACCCUUGACAAAUGUUUCGAGAAUGUUUGUGAACUGGAUUUGAUCUUCCACGCUGAUGCAGCACACCAGGUGCUGGACGAGCUGGUAAUGGGCGGUAUGGUGCUACAGACCAACAUGGCGGACAUACUGUGUCGGCUACAGGAGCAGAACAAGAUGCAGAAAGCUGAAGCGGGUAUAUCAGCGGCGCCCGCGCGGGCCGUGUCGGCCGUCAAGAGCAUGAACCUGCCGCAGCAGCUGCGCGACAUGCGGCUGCCCGAUCUGCCGCAAGCCAUCAAGGACCUGAAGUUCUGACCGCUGCAGCAGGCGUACCCCGCCACGCCCGUCGCCCUCGCCUCCAACAUCCUCAACACCAUCUGCCCCGACAAAUACCAGAACCUGCAACCAGAACUGACUUCAAAAUUCUUCGGCAGCGAAACACUCUCCACCAAGUUCGCUGAGAGCUUCACUGAGAACUAUCAACAGACCGAAGGGAUCAAUUUUCCUGAGUAUGAAACGCAGAAGAAUGAAGGUUAUCAGGAUCUGAGUGGGGCGGUGGAGUAUAGGAAAAGAAAGAAGAAGAAAAAGGGUAAGAAUUGAGGGACCAAAACGGAGACAUACUUAUUGGUUUUAAUUUUUUUGGGGACUUUAAAGUGUUGGGUAUGUGAAGCUGUUUUAACACUUCUGAGAAAGCUAAGAAGCCGAUAUUUGGCGUGAUAGGACAUUAGGACAUAUAUAUUACACAAAUUGACUAAGCCCCACAGUAAGUUGACCCCUCCGAAACCGCCUUUCCGUACAAACGUAGCCCUAUUUUCCUCUCUCGAUUUUAACAUUAUUGAAAAUAUUUUUACACAAUUUGAUGUGUUUUAAUCAUAGCUAUGCCCCUUUUGAUUUAUUUUUUUCGAAUUUUUCAAUGUUAUAUGAGUUUGAAAGAGAGGAGCAUUUGAAAAUUUGUAUGAAAUCUGAUUUUCGCUCCUAACUUUUAUAUAAAUAAAAAAAAAAAUCUAACGGUCGGGCAUAGCUAUAACUAAAAUACAUAAAAUUCUGUAAAAAUAUUUUCCAUAAUAGUAGUAGUUUUGAAUCAUUCACGAAUAUUUUCACUAGACUAAAAUCGAUCGGCAUAUGAACCGUGAUUGCCUUUUAUAUUGUUACAUGCAUCUUGUUCACGGGUAAUAUCGGGAGCUCAAAAUAGUAUUUUAUGCAAUAGUUGUAUAAGGAGGGUCAAAAAGGUGAGUGGCGUGAGUGUGAACAAUGUGAGCCGGAGCCUGAGGCGUAGGCGAACAUUGUAAAGGAAUACGCCACGAGCAUUUUUUGACUCACUUAUACAACGGUGCAUACAAUACUUUUCCUACGAGUUAAUAUAAAUAAAUCUUAAUUUAGGUUAACAAAGCAAAAUUAUAUAGCUAAAGAUACGCGAGAAUACCUUGUUACGCGCCCGGCCCGCCCCGGGCCGCGGCCCGGCCGGUCAGCGACACCUCCUCGUAACUCAUGAGGCCCUGGUACUUGCUCUUUGCUAAAUUAAAUUUUUGUACAGUUUAUUUCUCGUUUUUGGCCACAGUAGCCUAUGGAGACUAACAAGCAACGCUAAGCGGUCUUCGUAGUCUAUGGGUGUUGCUAUAUUACGGGUGUCACAUGCGUGUUUCUGACUUAUGAAGCAAUUGUUUCUACUAUGCAACCAAAUUAACAUUUUGUAAGUUGGCAGCAAUGCAUUUAGUUUGAAACUGCAUUCGUUUUGAUUUUGUUAGGUUGGUAGCCAUUAAUCGCGGUAACGUUAUAGCGAUUUUAAAGCACAAGUGCUGUUAUGAGGAAUAGACAAUAUAGACUUUUCUUGAAACCUUUUAUGUAUGUUCUUAUAUUCGUGUUAAUAAAUGUAUAAAUGGCAGAUUAACAGUAGAGGAGUAGGAAAACAAUAUACUUAAAGGCAAUCCUGUUCGAUUUAAGUCUAGUGUAUUUUCCGUAAUGUCAUCCAGGGAUGAAAAUUAGGACUACAUUUGUAUGGAGAAUCGAUAGUCCUUUUACCUCUAAAUCCUACGGUAUAUAAUACAGACUUCUGCAGGUCGCUGUGACAAAGUAAACCUUUUUGUGGAAUGCCUUCGACACUCUUUUUCACCUACGAGAAUAAUCAGUGUUUGUGGGUAGAAAUAUCAUUAGAUAGUUACUAAAAUGCUGAUGCUGACUUUGCUGAUAAUAAGAUUAUUAAUUAUUCGACUGCUAAUGAAGGAGUAAUAUUUUAGAGUGUAUAUAUGUAUUUGUAUACGUAUGUACAUGUAUUAUAUUAGAUAAGCUUGAAAGUCUAAACAUUUGAUGGUUUUUGUGAUAAGAUCGUGCCAUUCACGAAGACGCCUGCCUUGAUUCGUAAUGUCAUGUUAUUAAAGGUUAGAUUUGACAAUCUGCGCGUCAUCGUGGAUGACUCGAACUAUAAACAUCUUGAUGGUUUUUGUGUAAAAUGUUGUUAUGUAUGUCAAUUGUAGGAGUGUCGUAAGAUAUUAAGCAGUUCGGUUUAAAAAUUCUUUUAAUAUAAUAUUUUUCUAAAUUGUAAUGAUUUUUCAUUUACUAAACUGUUUUGGCAAAGAUAUUGGAUUAUGAUUACUAUUUACGGUGCUUUUAUUCAAUUCCGUUAACUUCGGGGUAUGGAUAAGUACAUUUAAGGAAACUAAAUGGCAUAGUUAGUUUUUGAUGUAUUUUUUUUAUACUUAAUAGGGUUGUUUCCAUCUGCAAAUCUUAGGGCAGAAUUGUAUCCCAAUAAAUACUUUUGGAUUAUCAGAACAUGUUAAACCACUUUUAGGGGACCUGUAAUGACCAUAUUUUUUUGUAAAUAUUGAAUUUAAAAUAUCUUUUGGCACACGUCACGAGACCAAACUCGAAACGUCAUUGAAGAUUCUGAUGACGUCACAACUCUCGGAUUGACACUGUUGACAGUUAGGCGAUAAACAACAAAUGUCAGUGUCAUGUGUCAAACCGUAAACUGUGACGUCACACAAUUUUCAAAGAGCGUUUUGAGCGCGAAAGCAUCUGUCAAAAUAUAUUUUGUUAAUUUAAUAUAUUUAAAGCCGUUUUUAGUAUAAAAGUUGAAUUUUAGGGCAACUUUUAGUUAAUAUAGAACGUAAUACAAGCGUUUCAAAAAAUUGGAAACGACCCUAUUAAAUGCUGCAUAUAGCGUUGUUGUAACACGGGCAUUAUGGUUAACUCAACCAAAAAAUUGAAAACUAUGACAUAUUAAUGUCAUUUCGAACAUUAAUCGCCCGAGAUAGUACUUACGUUUAGUAGCAAAUGUAUGAACUCGUACUGAACACUAAUUAAUAUGUAAACAGGCCCUAAGGCAUGCUCAUAGGAGCCUUAUCAGAUAAAAAUAAAUUAUUGAUUGUCUCCAAAAUGGAGGUAAUUAGAAUACCAGUGGUUUUGAGAAAGUUACCUACUUAAUUUAAGCUCAGAAAUGCACCCUUGAAAUUAACGGAGUUAAAAAAAACACGAGGUAAAGUAACUGAUUGUGAAGUGUAGUAAAAUACAAUAUGUGAGAUAUAUUAAUAUGAAAUUGAUUUUGUAUAAAAAUAUCAUAUAGAUUUCUGUCUGCAUAUUUUUAUUAUAAUUUCAUUUAUUUUCAUGUAAUAAAAACAAGUAAAAAAGUAUUUACGGUACAUAUGGUGCUACUUUAGCGCACUAGUGCGAAAAUUAGCAUAUUACGUUACUGUGUCGAACAUUUAAAGGGCCAUAUGUACUGUAAAACGUUGUACGAUACAUGUGCGAAUAGGUAACUCGCAACUCGUGUCGAUUUAAAACACUCCCUUCGGUCGUGUUUUAAUUUAUCGCCACUCAUUUCGAAUUUCCUAUUUUUCGCACUUGUAUCGUAAUGUACUAUUUUUUACCAAUGGCCGCUCAAGUGUGUCUUCGUUUCGUGUAACUGCGUAUUUAGAGAUUUCAUUAUAAAGUUUCUACUGUUAAAUAUUAUGUCCCUCUUAUGUAAUAAUGAAAUACAAAAAACUACAAGUUUAAAUAGUACAUUACGAUACAAGUGCGAAAAAUAGGAAAUUCGAAACGAGUGGCGAUAAAUUAAAACACGACCGAAGGGAGUGUUUUAAAUCGACACGAGUUGCGAAUUACCUAUUCGCACAUGUAUCGUACAACGUUUUACAGUACAUAUGGCCCUUUAAAUGUUCGACACAGUAACAUAAUAUGCUACUUCUCGCACUAGUGCUAUAAAGUAGCCCCAUAUGUACUGUAAAUUAUAUUUUAAUUUUAGAUCUUCCUUUAAAAAUGUGAUUAUAAUAUUCAUUUCCACUUAAAAUGUGUAAAAAAAUAUAAUUAUACUUCAUUCCAUUAGUUUGUUUAGACAUACAAACACUACAAAUAUUGUUAACAUGAGAAAUAAAUUUAUAUAAAAACAAAUCUAAAAUGUCUAUGGCGGAAGGCGAUGGUGAAUUGCUUCAAUAGUAAAUAAUACUUAUAAAUAAUUGUAUUUAGCUUAUAAGAAAUAUAUUUUAUGUUACAAUUAA